AUGCACGUGAGAUGCACCAGCUUCCAGCGCGAUAUGGCCGUUCAUCUAUCGAUACUGUCCAGUGGACAAAGGCCACAAGCAGUAACGUGCAGCGAUUCGAAGUGCUCGUUACUGCACUGUCCCUUAUGUCCACGUUACACAGGUGAUUAUCCUCGAGUGGAGGCUCAUAUACAAAGCCAUCUGAAGACAGCGGUACAUCACGGAGAGUAUGUGAUGUUCACUUGUAACUUGGACUGCAGAAGUGACAGUCACUACCACUGUUGUGAGUGUGGAAGGAUUUAUCCAAGGAGGAAGGCUAUAAUCAAGCAUCUAGGCACCUGCCAGAGCCGGCCGCUGCCCCAGAGUCAGCCUCUUCUUGCCUCCCUGCCGCUGCCCAGAGCUAGCAGUUCUUCUAAUGAAGAGGUUUGCCCUGAAUGCCCGGGCAAUAUUCCUCUUGGUGAGCCCAUAAUCAUAACGCAAGCUGCAAAGAUAAUAACGGUCAAGGGAGUCAUAGAAGGUGUGGCAACUUACUGUAAAAAAUGCAGUUCAUGUGGUCUGAUUAUUCGAUACCAAGAAUGGGAAGACGGUGUGCACAAUUUUAAUGACAGAAUAAUUUUGACCCUCCAUUUUUGCAUAUACCUUCGAAAUUGCCUCCAGACACAUACAGCUUUAGGUCGCGCAAUCGAAACAUUGGAGCUGACCUCACAACAGAAGUUCCCUAAUAAAAACACUGUGAUACAUGCAUAUCUCCACUUUGAGGCCCUGUCAGACCAUCAAUAUGAUUUCUGCUGUGUUCGUUGUGGUUAUUACCCACCGGUUGUGGUGAUGGAUCUGCAUAAGAGUUGUGUUUUUAGCUUGGCAGUCAGUGAACUCGAGGACCCACCAAUUGACUAUAACGGAGAGGUGGACAUUGACGAGUUCUGGACCGCCUUAUCUUUAGAGAGAAUAGCGCGUGGUUUUGUCACAAGUGACAGGCAAAAUCCAUUUGCAGUUGCACCCACAUACCACCGCUGGGCACCGUGGAUUGGACGUCAUACAAGAAAGUCAAACAUGGUGCUCAAUACGGAGUUUGAAAAAGUUCAUGCAUCAAGACCACAAAAAGAAUGCGCAGAAAUUGAAAUAACUGAAGACAGGCUCUUGGAUGAAAUAUCCAAUUUGAAGGUCCAUGCCAUCCGCAAACUUUGCAAAGAGUGCAAAAUAGACUCUAAAGGUUCCAAAAUGGAACUGAUAAUGCGUUUGCGUCACGAAAUGGCUACACGAAGUAAAUACGACAAAAUCUUUCAGAAGGUUUGGGGUGCAUCGGGCGGCUGGGCUGUUAUUAUGUGCCCCUGUGGACAAGCAGAGUUUUUUCUCUCCUCUUCAACAACACCGAGUGGGACUGCUCAGGCCAAUGCAUCUCCACCCACAAAACGAUCGCGGCUAGAAUUGGUCUCAGCAACUGAGGCCAUGCCAUGUUGGAGAAAAACACUUCAUGCGAGUGUCUCUGGAUUAUUGGACUAUGUAUUGGACACAAAAGGCAACCCAUAUGAGGCUUUUGUUCUUGCCAACCACGUGGUCCUCCAAAGAUCUGAUUUUUGGAGCCUGGGCCUACAGAGGAACGUUGAGGCAUCGAUAGCAAAUUGCUGUUUCAAAAUAAUCACAAACAUUGCAAGUGAUCAUGGCAUUGCAACCAUGGCUGUCGAUGCUUAUGUUGUGGUAACCUGGCUUCCACCCUAUUCUGACAAACCCCAGGAUUACAUGAUCAGUGAUUUUUUGAACAAGGAUGUUGUGCUGCUUCCUGCCUGGCAGCCUGAACACUGGACCCUAUGUGUUCUCAAACCAAAACAAAGGUCCUUGCACUUUUAUGACUCCAGUAACCCUACGGGCUUUGGAGAUGGCCGCUACUUAGAAGUCUUCAGAGAGGAGUGGACUGGCUACUUGUUGGCAGACUGUGAGGGGGCCUCAUAUCAGCACUUAAGCAACAACUGCGGCGUUUUCAUGUUGAUGUAUGCUUUGUAUGCUGUCCUUGAAAAGACCCAUGACUUUGGUGAGGAUGACAUGAUGACAAUCAGAAGGUGGUGGUGUGGGCAGCUGCUGCAGAACAUCCCUGACAGCAACUCUGGCGGACCAGUGGUACCACCAGCUGUGCUCAAGGAGCGGGAGGAGAGCCGGGAGGAGAGCCGGGAGGAGAGCCGGGAGGAGAGCCGGGAGGAGAGCCGGGAGGAGAGCCGGGAGGAGAGCCGGGAGGAGAGCCAUCUCCCUCCCGAAAUAUGGGACAUUAUUAUUAGAAUGACCCUGGAAACAAACAUGGCAAUGUUGGAGUCUAUAAACAGGAACGGAUGUUUGGGGGCGUUCUUGUGUGUUGGGGCGUUCUUGUGUUUCUGGCUGCAGCUGGACGAUAUUGGCUCCUGGAGUAAAUGA